CAUCACCAUGUUGCCUCUGAUGUUACUUUGGACUGGUUUGAUGCUGUUACUUAACAGUUUGGCUGUGGCAUCUCCUGUCCAUGGUCACCGCCUGAUAUGCUGGCAGGCUUUGAUAAAGUGCCGAAGUGAACCUGACUGCAGUUAUGCUUACACACAGUAUAUGCAUGCAUGUGGUCCGGUGAUUGAGGGACAUAAAAAGAAAUGCCCAAGCCACUGCAUCUCUUCUAUAGUGCAGCUCAACUUGACCGCCAAUGGCCCGGGCCUGGAGAACUGCGAGUGUGCUGCAGACCAAGUGUGUGCGAGUGCCAAGCGGGCCAUUGAACCCUGCAUGCCCCGGAUCAGCCACACAGGCUGCACAGAGGCACGAUACAUGUGCGAGAAAGACCCAGAAUGCAGUGCAGCCAUGCGGGAUUACCUGUACCACUGCCGGGAGCUGUUUGGUGGUGAGCGCUGCACAGAGGAAUGCCGGACCAUCAUUGGACGCAUGCGCACUGUGCCCAAGGCCCGCCUCUUGGACACAUGUGAGUGUGAUGGUCCGGAGAGGACUAUAUGUGAGCAUGUUAAAGUUAGCAUGUUGAACUUGUGCUUUGGCCCCCGGGAUGACCGGCAUGCUGGAAGCGGGUUUUCAGAUGACGAUGAAGAACUUGAGAGUGACUAUGAGGCGGAGGAUUAUGAUGAACAGGAGAGCAAAAGUGGAGCAUGGAGGCUACGCUUGGAUUUAAUGGCGAUCCUUACUAUUUUAGUGCUGACAUUUCUUUUAUAA